AUGCAGUUCAAGACUUUCGCUAUCGCUUUCUUUGCCGGCGCGGUUGCCGCCCAGAGCGCGCAACAACUAAUCUCGGAGAUUCCCUCAUGCGCGAAGCCAUGUCUAGACAAGGCAUCGCAAGCAAUUGGCUGCUCGACUACCGACAACAAAUGCCAAUGCAGCAAGAUGGACGACCUAACCACACAGGCCAUUACCUGUGUGUCUUCGGAGUGCUCCGUUGAUGACCUAACCAAGGCUACCCAGCUCUCGGCCCAAAUCUGCGCCGCUGUCGCAGAAGACGCUGGUGGUGCUGCCGCGACUUCGGCCGUAUCGAGCGCUAGCGCUGCUCUUACUUCCGCCGUCGGCGACAUCGUCGGCACCGCAACGCCGACUGCGACACCCGGUGCUGGCAACCGGGCUGCUGCCGGUCUCGGUUUCGCUGCGGCUAUGGCUGCUCUCGCUCUAUAG